AUGGAUACUAGUCCUACAAGAAGUAUUGAUGGACAGACCAGUGUGGGGGAGAGCCCUGCCCGCAAUGGGGAGUCCAGGCACCGAGGCAGCACCAGGGGCAGCUUCCACGCAGUUGCCACAUGGAGCUCAUCCUCACAGUCCUCCCAAAAGGAAGAUCUAGGGAGCAAUGUUAGUAAGAGACUUAAUUCAAUUGUCAACUCCCAAUACAAUGACCAUCACAGCACCACAGCAGAUCCCAAGGGCCAACUGUGGGUGUCAGCAGAACCUGACACAACCACCACCAAUACCGCCACUACCACAUUCUCCAAAGGAGCAGAAGUCAUCACUUCUACUCAGGCCUCAGAGACGGAGGAGAAUGACCAUGUGGACCAGUCCACCUACUUUCAGAGGCAGUUUGGGGCGCUGCUCCAGCCAGGGGUCAACAAGUUCUCCCUGCGCAUGUUUGGUAGUCACAAGGGCGUGGCAGCGGAGCAGGCCAGGGUCAAAUCCUUUGGAGUGUGGAUCAUCCACCCCUACAGUGACUUCAGGUUCUAUUGGGACAUUGUGAUGCUACUCCUGAUGAUGUGCAACCUGGUCAUUCUCCCCUGGGGCAUAACCUUCUUUGAAGACCAGAAAACUUUGCCCUGGAUCUCGUUCAACGUCAUCUCUGACACCUGCUUCCUGGUCGACCUGGUCCUCAACUUCCGCACGGGCGUCCUAGAGGGAGACGACCAGAUCAUCCUGGACCCCAAGGUGAUCCGUAUGCGUUACCUGAAGACUUGGUUCGUGGUGGACUUCAUCUCCUCCAUCCCAAUGGACUACAUCUUCCUGAUAGUGGACCUGGAGGCCCAGAUGGAGGCUUCGGAUGUGUACCGCACGGCCCGUGCUCUCCGUAUCGUCCGCUUCACCAAGAUCCUCAGCCUGCUGCGCCUCUUGAGACUGUCCCGCUUCAUCCGCUACAUCCAUCAGUGGGAGGAGAUAUUCCACAUGACCUAUGACCUGGCCAGUGCUGUUGUGCGUAUAGUAAACCUGAUUGGUAUGAUGCUACUGCUGUGCCAUUGGGACGGCUGCAUGCAAUUCAUGGUGCCCAUGUUGCAGGAUUUCCCACCAGAUUGCUGGGUUACCAAGAACAACAUGGUGAAUUCCACAUGGCAUUUACAGUACUCAUAUGCCCUGUUCAUGGCAAUGAGUCACAUGUUGUGUAUAGGAUAUGGUGCCCAGGCUCCUGAGGGCAUGACGGACGUAUGGCUGACUAUCAUGAGUAUGAUUGUGGGUGCCACCUGCUAUGCCAUGUUUCUGGGCCAUGCCGCCAACCUGGUUCAGUCCAUAGACGCCUCCCGACGACAGUAUCAAGAUAAGUAUAAGCAGGUGGAGCAGUACAUGUCGUUCCAUAAGCUGCCGGCGGACGUGAGGCAGAGGAUCCAUGAGUACUAUGAGAUUCGCUUCCAGGGCAAGAUGUUUGACGAAGACAGUAUUCUGGGAGAACUCAGCGACCCGCUCAAGGAGGAAAUUGUAAGCUUCAACUGCCGUGGAUUGGUAGCCAACAUGCCACUGUUUGCCAAUACAGAUCCUCAUUUUGUAACGGUGAUUUUGACCAAGCUGCGCUUUGAGGUCUUUCAGCCUAAUGACUUCAUCAUACGGGAGGGAACACUGGGGCGGAAGAUGUACUUUGUCCAACACGGCUGUGUUACCGUGCUCCCCCGCGGAAAAAAAGAGAUACAGCUUAGCGAUGGAGCCUACUUUGGGGAGAUCUGCCUGCUGACACGUGGACGUCGGACGGCAAGCGUGAGGGCUGAUACGUACUGCCGCCUCUACUCCCUGAGUGUGGACAGCUUCAACGAGGUCCUGGAGGAGCACCCGCUGAUGAGGAGGGCCUUUGAGAGCGUGGCUGUGGACCGUCUGGACCGGGUACAGGGGCGAGAACCCUUCAUGAGGUUCUCCGCAGACUGA